GGAACUGAGGGAGGACUUACCGUCUCCCUCUGUGCUCCACUGUUUUCUACCUCAGCCCACAGUGGUGACCACAGUUUAUCUACACAGGGCGUCAGGACUCCGCCCUCCCAAACAAACAGCCCCCGAUGUUUACGCUGUAGUGAGAUGUGAGAAUGACAACGUGAGGACGCGGGUGUUCAAGGAGAGCGGAAACCCUGAAUUCAACCUGAGAACCAUCUUCUACAGGAGAUACCCCAACACAGACAUCUCUGUUGAGAUAUACAGCAGAGGUCUGCUGUGGGACUCGCUUCUCGGUGAGACUCGACUCCAGACGGCCGAGUCUGAGAGGAGUCGAAGCCUCGUGAUGAAUCUGCGAGGCGGACGGUCUCGCUCAGGGCUCAGAGGUUGCGUCUAUCUUGAGACGUCUUCCAGCGUGUGCCUCACAGACUUGUGACAGUCUGGCUGCCCUGGCAAACACUGCCCUCUCAGGUAGAAGC